UCACAUUCUCAACUUAACCGUGACUUAAAAAAUGCUCCCAUAUAUAAUCUUUGGUGGUGCUCUUACAAUAAUUUGGUUGCUUAAGAGAUCGCAUUCUUCUCAACGAGCUGUAGCCAUUGAUACGGAAAGUGUCGGCGGGGGCAUUAACGGCUCUGUCAACAUGCUAGCAAGAGUGUCCAUCGUCGAUACACGAAGAGUUAUUUAUAAUGAGUAUGUUAAACCACAUAUGCGGGUGACGGACUAUAGGACGCCAUGGAGUGGAGUACGUCCAGAAGAUCUCGCUCGAGCCAAGAAGACUUUUGAUGAAGUCAGACGGGAUGUGGCAUGGAUUCUUCACGAUUACAUUUUGGUUGGCCAUGAUUUGCAGUUUGACCUGAAAGCUUUGGAUUUGACCCAUCCAGCUAAGGAUAUUAGGGAUACCUCUUUGUACGAGCCUUUUAGAUAUACUACAACUAAACCUAGUCUAAAGUAUUUAGCGAAGAAAUACCUGAACAGGGAUAUACAAGUCGGCAACCAUUGCUCGAUUACGGACGCGCGCGCAGCCAUGGACCUUUACCGCCUGGUUGAAAAUGAAUGGGAGAAAGAAAUGGCGUUUUAAUGCUACUUCGAGAAAACGAAGCGAAAUACUUGCGUGG